AUGGUUCUUAUACAACAUUUCCCGGAAGCCGCAGCCAUCUCCUUCAUCUUCAAUACCAUUAUAGUUGAAUUCGACGAGGUCGAUGAGGAUGCGUGGAGAGAGAGAGAGUCGGGCCCCUACCGUUUUCCUUCGCGAAUCUCGCCCCCUAAGCCAGCAGAUCUGAAUACCCUUGUUUCAGACGACUCCGACUAUAUUGCUGCUACGGGGUUCUUCAAUCCUGGAGCGAUGAUUUGUUCUGAUCAAGAGGAUGCCGUCUCCGCUGGGGUCUUGGUGGAGAAGAGUUCUGAGCAGGGGCUCACCGUUGCGUGUCACUGCUGGGAUCGGGAGUUCGACGAAAGGUUGGAUCACCUGGGAGAUCCGAAUAAUUUCCGAGUGCUACAAGCAAACUCGAGGGUCGGUUGUGUGACUGAACGUAUCGACGAAACUGACAUCGGACUUGCCAAGCUGGACGAUACUGUUGCGUUUAGCAAUAGAUUCCUAGAUAUCGAAACAGCAGCUAAAGUCCUUAUCCCAUUCACCGGGGUUAAGACAGGAGACAAAUUCUUCAUUGACAGUUUCGUUACCGGCCGGCAGCGCCUUUUAUGUGCCGGAGUACGGGUACUGGGAUGCAUUUAUGCCACCAACGACACCAUGAUUACGACUGUUCCACAACUACGUGCAGGUAUCUGUGGCUCGGUUCUUGUACGGCUACAGCGUGCAGGGGAGGAAUCGAUUUGCCUGGAAGAUGGAGAAGUAUGUGGGAUUAUGCAUUGGGCCGAGUUGGCUACGAAGUACUCUACGAGCCUCAAAUUCUUUUGCUUCGCGGACCGGGAGCAUCCUCUGCACCGAGGGUGUGAGUCCCACUCACCCUGGGUGAGCUUACUCAUUCUAGGUGGCUUAAGCAUCCUAACGUUACUUGGAGUCUCAUUCGCGGCGUUCAUUGAUCUUUAUUACUCUCUGCUGUUUCAAGAUCUCGUUCGGGAUCAUGACCAGCUCCCAGGUGAACAUGCUUCGGAUGGCAGACCAACCACACUGCCAUUGACUCAGAAGAUCAUUAUUGGCAUGUCGUUGUUUGUACACCUGAAUGCCUUCUACUUCGCUAUCCGCCUAUUCUUCGCUCUACUCAAAACACCGAGAGAGUCAAAAAAGGCGUUGCAGCGCCGCCACUCCACUACGCCAAAGUCUGUCGACACGGAAGAUGCUUUCGAAGCAGAGUUGGCAGGCAAUUUUUCGUUGAGUGUUCUUGGGGGGACUCAGUUUAAGGCAGAGUCGAAAUAUCUUGUCAACAACCAGGAGGUCGUUCACGCCAUCAUCUUACCCAAUUAUAAAGAAAAUUUUGAUACCUUAUGGACCACGCUCCAUGUUCUAGCCAGUCACCCUAUAGCUGCCAGUCAGUAUGAGAUCUACCUUGCAAUGGAACAAAAGGAGCUCGAGGCCCCUGCAAAAGCGCCACGUUCCAUCCGUCUGGAGUACCAGGCGAGAUAG